AUGGGAAUGCUGAUUGAUCUUGCAUGGCACAUGCGUGUUUGCGACCACAGCUAUAUCUUUGGAGACAUAAGUUUCUACAUAGUUAUUGACUCAACAAGUAUGGAAAACGAAACCAUUGAAACAUUUUUAGAACGGUUGAAUCUGAAGGAAGACAUCAAUAAAUUUAAACGUGAAGAUAUUGAUAUGGAAACAAUGGGCUACAUAACCGAGAGCCACUUAAUGGAAAUGGGUCUUUCUCUGUGGAAACGAAGAAAAAUUCUAAAUGCAAUUGAAGUCGGAGCAUUUACCAAAGGCUUUGAAGAAGAGGCAGUUAGGGAAGAGAUACGAUUAGUAUUAAUUGGAAAAACAGGUAGUGGAAAGAGUGCCACAGGAAACACUAUUCUUGGCAUGGAAAUAUUUGAAUCUGGUAUAUCUGGAUCAUCCAUCACAAGCAAAUGUUCAGAGGGUCAAGCAGUUCGAUUUGGCCAAAAAAUUGUUCUUGUUGAUACUCCAGGUAUAUUUGAUACAAAAGUUUCAAACGAAAAUUCACAAGCUGAAAUUGCUAAAUCUUUAAGGAUUACAUCACCUGGACCUCACGCAUUCAUUUUGGUUAUUAGUAUUUCCAGAUACACUGAAGAAGAGCACAAUUCCGUCAUGCAUCUCGUAAAACAUUUUGGGAACGACUUAUAUAAAUACUGCAUUGUUCUAUUCACACGAAAGGACGAUCUAGAUGAACAAGGAAAAACUUUGUUUCAACACAUUGAAACUCUUCCUAAAGAGCUUAAAAUAUUUAUUAGAAAAUGUGGAGAAAGUAGAUCUAUUGCUUUCAAUAAUAGACUUAAAGGGACGAAAAGGGAUGAACAAGUUAAAGAGCUAUUAUCGAUAGCUUCAAGAAUGCGACGAGUUAAUGAAAAUAAAUGGUAUUCUUCUGUGAUGUAUCAAAACACUAAAUGGCUUACCGAGGAGAAAGACAAGAAAGAAAUUAAAGAAACACCGAAAGCUUUACAGGAGAUCAGGGGAAAGAAAACUUACGGAAUGUUCCAAAUGUUCCAGUAA